AUGUCUGUUCGAGAGAUUUUAGAAAGCAUACAUCAUGAACAAGACAUUAUCCAUGAUACCUGGUAUAUUGUAGCUGCAGUAGUGAUGAGUUCAGUCAACAAGCCCGAGGAUGUAAAACAUGUUUACGAUAUCAUUGCACAGCAAGUAGAUCAGAAACAAGACUUGCCGAAAGAGGCAAAGAACAAGUUGAUUGCAGCCGUUGUCCUCAAGUUGAGAGAGGCGAUAUUGAAGAGUUAUAUUAUCAUUGGAUUUCCCAAGACUAUCAAUACACUGCAGCAACUGGCCAAUGCUACACCUGCAGAAAUCAAGGCACUGUUGCCUGAUAAACCACUUCGCAAGGAAGAGUCUUGGUCAGAUGUGCAAAAUGAAAGACAACGAGGAAAAGCGUUGUUUGGUACCAUUUACGAACGCCAUACCGACAAAGUGAUCAAGAACAUGUACAGCACACAUCCAGAUUUAGCGCAGACAGCCCUCAAUCAACUGUAUGGCCCUACUCUCAGUGAAACAUCGGUUCUGAACGCUAGAGAAACGAGUCUUGUUACAGUAGCAGGAUUAAUGAUCACUAAUGUGCCACUUCAACUGGUAGGACAUAGCCAUGGUGCUAUUCAUAACGGAGCUACUCGACAAGACAUUGAACAUGUGCAGUCGAUUGUGACAGCAUUGGGUGAUCAUUAUCGAUUUCCUGUCGCCAAGUUAUGA